AACCACUUGUUUUCUACGCGGCCAGUGCGCCGAACGCACGCCCUUUAGCUCCGUUCGAACGAAAUAAUUCGCGUGUCUGUUGUUACUGAAUAAAAAUAAUAUAAUAGUGUAAACUGUAUUUAAAAAAAUGGAGCAGUGUUUGAAAUGUUUUAUGAUUUUCAUUUGCUUGAUUACAAUGGCAACGUCCACAACAAGUGAGUGUGGUCCUCGGUUAAAGUACGCCUGGGGAGAUGCUCUACAGGACACGGAUUGCGCAGGACCAGAUGGCACACCGUACCCUAGGCACCUAGUGAAUCGAGUUCUCAAAUCUUGGGGUCAAUCGUCAAGACAAGCCCGUGUAGCGAAGACAUUGGAUCCUGAGCUGAUGAGACGUGCCUUAUUGGAGGCACAUGGUGGCUACUCAGAAGGGACUAUGAAGAUACAAAGUAACAGAACUGCCCGAGCAUCAAACCUGCCUGGUAUAGCUCCAAAUAACGGUUGUGGAGGUACCAGACUAUGUAAAACCCGCUAUAAUACCACAGCGCCCAUGUAUGGAGUGUCACUCACCUCUGGUCAGCCAGUCACCAUCGUUCAGAAGUUCCCUGAUCUUCUUCAGCAAGUUGUGUUUGAAGUUUGCGAAUCAAGCGAGUGUUCCAUGGUUCGAGGGUCUUGCACACAAACCUACGUGCCUUACUUAUUCCUGGUCCUACCGCUAGGACCUGUGACGCUUACUGGGCAGGACUACGUUUUGGUUGAGUCCGGCUGCGUUUGUAGACCAGAUCCUCUCUAGGCCAUAUUAAAUUAAAGGAUAAACGAUGUGAUAUGAAAUGCUAAGAGUGUUGUCUAUGAAAUAGAGUUGCGGCCCUAAUAUUCUUCCUUGGUUGUAAUAGCUUUUUAAUAGUACAGCGGAGUGUUUUAAAAGUUCAGAACAAAUAAAGAGCCAACUAGACUUUGCCUUAUUCAUGUCCCUUUGUCAUUAGGAUUAGCUAGUUCCCUUUCGGUAUCGGUUUAACAAUGUGAUAUAAAUUGUAAAUUUGAAUAAUGUAUAAAAAUCUUACCUGGCUUUCUAAUCACCCCAUUUUACGUUAGCCGUUUGGUAAUUUUUCAACAACAGACUGUAUAUCAUGUUAAUUAAUAUCUUAAAGAUGAAGAAUAAAUGUUUUAACGUUGGACAUAAUUUGAUAACAUUACUGUGUAUUUUACACGGUAAUGUCCUGGUUCUUUCAAAUAAAUUUAAAUGCGUUUUUUUAUAUUAUGCACUUAUUUUUUUAGCUCCAUCAUAAUAUAAUAGGGUUAUAUUAUGUGGUAUUAUAUAAUUCGGUAGGGUGUGCUUACAAAUUGAUAUUUGAUUAAAAUUGUUUUGCAUACCUAUAUGAAAAAAUCGAAUUGAUAAUAUCUUAUUUUGAUAAACUUUGUUAACAUUUUGAAUAUUAAAUUCGUUAUAAUAAAAUACUAAAGCAUUAUGUGUCUAUUUAAACAUAACAGAUACUAAUUGUGGUUUUAGGUGAAAAUGGAACCUGACGAAACUUAAAAUUAGUUUUCCCAUCCAUUUUAUUGUUAAUGAUAAUUAUUUAUAGAUCUUAUUUUCAAAAUUAUGCCGUCAACUUUCAUACCUAUAUUUCCCCCUAUUUUUAAUGGUAUGUAUAACAUGCGUUGAGUGAAAUAAUAUACUCUUAUUUCAUUCACUUUUGAGCUGAUCAUUUCAAUUUAAUUCGAAUAUUUUUUUUUUGUUCAACAAUGAGUCUCGUCAUAAAGUAUUAAAAUAAUACUUAAUUCUUAAUCACAUUGUUGUAGCUUAUACUUAGUUCGUAAGACUUACUGUAAAUCCCUAUUUAUAUUUCCAGAAUUGCAUUUAUUUUUCUUAUUUUAUUUGUUACUUGUUUCCGAGACUGAAAUUUAUAUUAUUUUAUACGUAUUAAAUAGCUUAAAAUAUGUUACAGUAACGACUAAUAUCAACUAAAUAAUUGUUUUAUUACUAUGUUGAAAAUGUUAAUUAAAUAAUUUGUAAUUGAUAUUUAAAGACUAUACG